AUGCCACCUAGCCGCGAAGGCGACCAUCAGCGCCGCGACGACGGCAGCAGGCCACCUAGCCUCAUAGGCGACCAUCAGCGCCGCGACGACGGCAGCAGGCCACCUAGCCUCAUAGGCGACCAUCAGCGCCGCGACGACGGCCAUCGGGUAACCGGUCGCCGUCAAACUACACCAACCCACACCCAAGUCGGCGCAGCUUGUCACCGGUGUCAUCCGGCCACCCCGUUGCAAGGGGUGGCCGUGGUGGCCAGGCAAAUCGACUAG